AUGAGCCAAGGGCCGAACCUCGUUCUGGAGUGGCUGUCGAAGCUCCAUCUGGCCCAGUACGUGGAGUCAUUCAUUGACAAUGGGUAUGAUGAUUUGGAAGUUUGUAAACAGAUUGGGGAGCCAGACCUGGAUGCCAUUGGUGUCCACACUGAGUACCACAGACACAGGCUGCUCAAAGCAGUUCAGAUGCUUAAAGAUGAGGACAAACGGAAAGCACCAAGCUAUUAUUUCACCUUAGAGCCUCUGGGUCCUUCUGCUUGCAACCACUCUUCACACUCAAACAGAGAAGACGACUUCAGGACUUUGGGGUCACACUCACGGACCACAGGGGUACACCAGGCCUCCUGUCCUGGAAACCAUAACCCAAGAGUCACAGAUUGUAAUGACUUUGUGACUUAUCCCAAACUGAAGCUCAAGGUGCUGAUAAGGGAUAAACUUGCAAAAGAUGGAAUCAACCUGGGAGAAGCACCUUACACCUUUAAGGAUGGCUCAGUGGGGAACCUUGGUGACCUGGCUCAGGAGUAUUCCCAGUAUUACGGCACAUCCCUCAGUGACGUGUGUGAAAGGAUGGAGGAGCUACGGAAACGCAAAGUAGUGCAAGAUGCAGAGAUGGGAAAGGUUGACUCAGUGGCCACAUCACUGCAGCUCCGCUCUCAGAUCCAGGAAUCUCUUGGACUCAGCAGUACCACCUCCACUCCAGAGACCGAGAGAAGGUUUCCUGUGCACAAAUCUAGCUCUGAUGAUGGAUCAGGAGGAAAAUGGGACGGAAAGAGAAAGAGCAAGUCUUUUUGGCAGAGUUUUCGAAAGUCACAGAAAGGAGUGAUGCGUCAGAUUUCAAAAGGUGAUGACGUUGGAUUUGUGGCCAGUGAAAUCACCAUGAGUGAUGAAGAGCGUAUCCAGCUGAUGAUGAUGGUGAAGGAGAAUAUGAUCUCUAUAGAGGAAGCUUUGGCACGGCUGAAGGAGUUUGAGAUACAAAACAGACUGACGUGCAGGUCUGAUCCCACUGACUGGACCGACCCCUCCAGUCCCACCCCAAAUGAGUUGUUCAACUGCAACCCUUGUGACCUGUCAGACACUGAACAAGAGGAGUCUGUGACAUUCAGGCGACUCCAUAAACUGGUCAACUCAACCCGGAAGGUGAAGAAGAAGCUGAUAAGAAUCGACGAGUCCAAGAGACCUGGUGCAGAGGAGUGCCUAAACAUAGAUGGUCUUCCCUGUGGAGAUGCCAGCACCUCCCUGUACUCAGGUGUGCAGAAGAAGCCUGCGGUUUGCCCCGUGGACUCUCUGGCUUCAGCUCUGCGGGAACAGCUCACCUACGACAGGGACUCUGACAGCCUGACCACCUCCCCCUCCUCCAGCAGCCUGGACACCUGCAGCAGCCAGAAGAUCUUCCAGGUCUUCAGCAAGUCAAGUGGGAACCCCAUUCAUCAGGAGACAAGUGUAGCAGGAGAGGUGAGGGAGGCAGGUGAAGGCAGCGGCUCUUCCUUUUCUGAAACAGAAGUUUGCAAUGAUGCGGAACCCAAAAUCCCUCGCUCAGUGACCGAAGGAGAGCUCCGUCACCGGAUCGUCAACUCACUCAGCCACCAUGGGAGAGCUUGUAGUUUUGGAGGAUUUGACCUGACCAACCGCUCAGUGCACGCAGUCCUCCUCUCAGACCAUGAUAACACUAAUAAAGACGGAGAUGGCGUGAGAGAUGCCAUUAAAUCUCCACCAGCAUCUCGUAUUUCCCUGGGCAAAAAAGUCAAGUCUGUGAGAGAAACUAUGAGAAAACACAUAUCCAAGAGAUACCACUGUUCUCUCUCUGAACAGUCAAGUCCAGACCGCAUAUCCAACUGCCCUCACUCGCCUCAGACAGACUCCGACUCUUUGGAGAAACCCAAACUGAAGCCCGGAGGCUCUGUGGAAAGCCUGAGGAGUUCCCUCAGUGGACAAAGUUCCAUGAGUGGUCAGACGGUGGGCACCACUGACUCCUCCAACAGCAACAGAGAGAGCGUGAAGUCUGAGGACGGGGAAGAGGAUGAGCUGCCUUACCGCGGGCCUUUCUGUGGUCGCGCUCUAGUUCACACCGACUUCACCCCCAGUCCCUACGACACGGACUCCCUCAAACUGAAGAGUGGAGACGUCAUCGAUAUCAUUAGUAAGCCUCCGAUGGGUACGUGGAUGGGGAUGCUCAACGGUAAAGUCGGCACCUUCAAGUUCAUUUAUGUGGAUGUCCUGAAUGAAGAGGAGGUGAAGCCCAAAAAGACACGCAGGAGGAGGAAGGCCCGGCAACCCAAACCCACCUCUGUAGAGGAGCUGCUUGAUCGCAUUAACCUCAAAGAGCAUCUUCCCACCUUCCUUUUUAACGGCUAUGAGGAUCUGGACACAUUCAAGUUGCUAGAGGAGGAGGACCUGGAUGAGCUGAACAUCAGAGACGCCCAACACAGAGCUGUGCUGCUCACCGCUGUGGAGCUGCUGCAAGAGUAUGAUGGUGGGUCAGGAAGCAGCGACCCCGAGCGAAGCAGUCAGUCCGGGGGCUCACAGGAGAAGCUGCUCCUGGACAGGCGUGGCCUCCCUGGAGACUCCCCGCGGGACUCCGGCUGCUACGAGAGUAACGAGAACCUGGAGAACGGAAGGGACAAAAAGACAUCUUCACCCAUGAGCAGGUCCUCCUCCGGGUUUGAGUCAAGCCACCUCCCGUCCCCUGAGUACCCUGAUCUCCCCAAGACCCUGACCUCCACCAGCACUAGUCAGACUUCACUCCGAAGCAAACCAGCAUGCCUGCCUUCUGUCUUACCAUCACUCAGACCCCCACAGAGCAGCUUAACUCUCUUAAGCCCAGCAAAAGGUCAUGCUCCUUGUGGAGCCAUUGCUAGGGGCCAGAGCUGCAUGGAGCUAAGAAGAAACCCAGGACCAGGGCUGCUGAGGCGAAGCUUCUCCCUGACCAUCCUCCACAAAGAGCAGAAGAGACGACCCAUCAAGCCUGAAAACUGGAAUCUGACCCCCAGCAUCAAGACCACGGCGCGCACACAGAACACAGUAAAUCCUCAGAAUCACUGUGAGGUCGUGUCUCUGUCCCCCCAGUCUUCAGCCACAUCAUAUAAUGCUGCAUGCAGCACUUUGAACAGCGACACAGUAAAUGUGUCUAUACAAGCAGAAACAACACAAAGCACACACCACCUCCAGCUGCCACCCACAGUCCCAGCAGAAAGGUCCAAUUAUCCUUUAAUAACACCUUCCUCACCAAACCCACGCCGAGAGCCCUUAUCAACAGAGACUGCCUGUUUGUACAACUGCACCAACCACAUGCUGUCAGAGGACACAACCAGCCGUUCACUUUCGGCCAAUUCUGAAGCGCGCCGGCUGAAAAUGAAAAGAAAAAAGAAGACACCAACAAACUCAGUAAAUCUGGGUUCCCUGGUAGAAGAACGACUCUAGCUGCAGGGUGUUGAUCACAAAAUGGAGCUUCUUUCUGCAAGGUUUAAUCCUCCGAAGUACAGCGAACUGUCACUCCACAGAUGUUUAUCCUUGCUAUUGGAUGAUGAUCUUAAAACCAAAUUUCUUUCAGAAGGGUAGAAAUACUGAUUUUUUUCCCCAAAUAGCCAACUGUUCAACUGAGGUGAAAAUGCAAGCAGAUUACUGUAUCUGUGGCACAUUUUUCCACAGUAUCCAGAAAGAGUAAGAUGAGGAUAAAUGUAGCGUUGUCACUUUAUAGUGGAUACAGCCAGCAUAAAGUUCAGUCUGGGAGAAUUAAUCUCUCCUGAGGAAACGGACCUGAAGUUUAGACAGUGUUAACUUGUGUUUUCAUUACUGACAUAUCUAUUUACACCAGUAUGGUUACAGAGUGGUUGGUAUGUAAUACCCCAGUGUCUAUUUCAGAUAUUCAUCAUUCAGCUGAAUCCUGUCUGUCGAGGACACUGCAGUUACACAAAUAAAUGAAACUGUUUUGUAGUAUAUAUGUAUGUAUAGCUCCAUUUUGACAGCAGGCCUUUUUCACAGCAGAUAUUUUGGUAUGCUCAGUUACAUUAUUACUGAUGUUAUUUGUAACAGCCGUGCUUUUCCUAAUAUCACAAGUUAAAAAAAAGUUGAUAUCAGCCUAAUCAAACUGAAAGUAGCAGUAGGAAUUAAUGGCCAUUUUUAUGUAAAGAGUUGAUAUAAUGUUAAAGGAAUUUAGCAGUUGAACAAUGAGAAACCACCCAGAAAGCAUCGUAAAAAUUUAUAGUUUAUUUCAUAUCAGUCAGUUAUGUACAGUAUUUCUCUGUUCAGUAAUUUAAUUAAAACUGUUUCUUUCCUAUAUAUGCUGUAAAAAUGCUACCAAGGCUUUUAAUCACUGUCGUAUCAGUAAAUGUUGGUUUGUUUGAAUUAAGUUCAUCUCUCUGACAGAAGAUCUCUGUACUCAACUGUUCUUAGCACCAAGAAGUAAAAAUUAAGAAAGCAGUAUUUAUAAAGACAAAACAAGUCCCACCACUGUAAAUAAAUUACCAUUAAACUCAUUUCAUGACAUAAAUUAUUUCCUUAUACACACUGUGUAAAAUAGUGCAAAUACUUAAGCUUUUUACUGUAAGUUUUGAUUUGUUGUCAGUUGUAUUAAAUCUCAUGUUUCGUGAUUUGAAGGUGAGUGUUCUCUGCAUUAACUAACAGUAGGAUUUAGCGGCGGGUUCAGGUCACAGUUUAGCCUGUAGAGGCAUUUCAUGCAGGCACUGCUUGACCAGCCCCACUGCGUCCAGGGCGGUGCCCCAGGCGAGGGUGACUCCCCAGCCUCCGUGGCCGUAAUUGUGGACCACAGGCGUCCUGCAACCCUGCAGCUCCACCAGCUCCCUCUCCACCCUCGGGUUCCUCCUGCCGGGCCUCAGACCGACCCACUUGCUGAGGACUUUGGCUUUGCUGAGAGACGGCUCCAGCUUGCUGCAGCGCAUCAGGAUGCUCUUCGUGUCUCCUUCGUCCACUUGUAGUCGCCAGUCUUCCACCUGUCUCGUGCCGCCGGCAG